UCCUCCACUCUCCCAGGUUCAUAACUUGCGCUCGCUCAGUGUGCCGCGAGCCGCCGUCUGUGGAGUAACGUGCCACGCCGCCGCUCUCAUCCGCCCUCUGGUCCCCUCUCGGGCCGCGCAUCGGCUGCCUUGCCGCGCGACCCUAACCCUUCCCUCCCCGCCCUUCCAAGCACUUUGUGGAUGGGAAGCAGGUGUGCCGAGUCCAGUGUAAGUCGUCUGUUGCUGGAAAAAGACAAACUUCAUUAGAAAUAGUGGCGUGUAUGUGUGACUGGAGGCCGUGAGUGACCCCCGCCCCCGUCUGUCUGCUGAGAAAACCUCGUAGCGCAUUUGCCGUGCCUCCCUCCAGUGUCCAGGCUUUGACAACUUAGUUAUGUCAUCUGACAUGCUGAACACGCAGUUGUAUGGUUGACGAGCUCGUGUGAUUGGUGGCGGCAAAGGAACACAUUGCACUUGUUUGGUUCGACCGUGACACAACUCAAUCUGCGGGAGCGUUGAGCGGCGGGAGCUCCCGCUGGUGUGUCGGCCUGGAAGUGGCAGCCACUGAGGGAGUGCUGCCCGAAGAUGGGCAUUUUGUGCUUCAACAGGAAGAAAUUUUUAACGUCAGCAAGAGAACUUGGUAACACCUAGACGGAAAAUAAAGAUGAGAUAUAGUUACUGUAGCAUCAAGUGCAUGGUUUCUAGUAAUAAAUUUAUCCUAACAGUGACCAUGAUGUGAACAAAGUUCAUACAAGAAAAGAUAUUUAAGAAACUGAGUGGCAAGCAGUGAACGAGUGCUGGUGAUUGAGUCUCACAGGUGCUGAAGAUAAACCUUUAAUUCAGUCACAUAAAAGAUUCGAUUUUUUCUUGCGAAAAGCUCAUCGCCGCAUCUCACUCGGGAGGAAGAGAUCCUUAAACUCUGAAACUGAAAACGAGUGCUCCUUCCUCAGAGAGAGUUUCCUCCUCCUCCUCCUUCUCCUCCUCCUCCUCCCCCCUACCCUCUCCUCCUUCCUACACAUCCUCCUGGGUGUAAAGCCGUCGGAACCGUUUGCCUCUUUCCAAGCGGUGUAAUUUCUGAAAUCUGAACCAGUUUGGUGGAGUCGCAGGGAGAUUUGGGGAUCCACGAGAACGGUCGCCUAAAGUUUUCCAGAAAUUAGAUCCUCCAGUUUUACUCGCUAACUUUCAGAAAAUUAUAACCAGUCUUUUUUGAGCUGGUCUUUUAUCGGUGUGUUCUCAAUUUACGGCGGUCGUUUAUCACGGUGCCUAAUAGCGGGGCGGAGCGAGCGGCUGUGGGCCGGGGAGGAUAUUCAUGUUUGCAAGUAAAUAGAGAAACGGUUAGAGGUGUGUGGUUCUCACCUUGUCCCGUGUUGAUAGAAUUCCCUAGUGUAGUGAAAUUGCUCCAGUGAAAGAUUUAGUGAUCAAAUAUAAGGAAGUUGACUGAAGAUAAGAUAACAGUAAACCCUUCACGGAUGACUCACAACCCAAGAUAACAAUACGAUAAGCUCCUGAUAACAGCUGUCACCGUAAGAGUUAACACUAAGAACCUGCACGAACUGGACUCAUACCAACAAGCGUCGAAGUCCACUGGUGUUCUUCCGCCCUUGCUCCUCCACCUCCUCCGCCUCACACACAUCAAUGAAGCGAGCGAGCCGUGAGGGCGUGUGGUGGCCCGGGAGCGGCGGUGGUGUGAUGGUGAUGACGGGCAAGAUGACGAUGACGAUGGCGGGGCUGCUGGUGACGCUGCUCUGCAUGCCCCACGCCCCCGCCACGGCCAGGGUCGAAGACCGGGACUUCUGGUACUCCCAGGCCAAGGGACACAUCGAGGACAUCCUCAACGCCAGACGUGCCUCCAAUGGUUACGCCAAGAACGUCAUUUUGUUCGUGGGUGACGGCAUGGGCGUGUCCACCGUGACCGCGGGCCGCAUCCUGAAGGGGCAGCGGGAGGGCUACAGUGGGGAGGAGUACCGCCUCUCCUUCGAGAAGUUCCCCUACGUAGCACUGGCCAAGACGUACAACAUCGACGCGCAGAUCGGAGAUUCGUCAGCGUGCGCCACAGCGCUGCUCUGCGGCGUCAAGGCCAACGUCAACACUCUGGGCCUCGACCACCGGGGCAAGUUUGAGGACUGCAUGUCUUCCUACACUGCCGGGGUCACUUCCAUCAUCGACUGGGCCCAGAAGCAUGGCAAGAGCACCGGCAUCGUUACCAACACCCGCAUCACCCACGGCACCCCCUCCGCCCUGUACGCCCGCAGCCCCUCGAGGUACUGGGAGGACGACGCCAAGAUCCCCGCGCACUCCCACGCCUCCUGCAAGGACAUCGCGCGCCAGCUGGUAGAGAACGAACCUGGCAAGAACAUCAACGUGUUGAUGGGCGGCGGGCGGCGCCACUGGCUGCCGCUCACGGACUUCGACCGGGAGGAGCGGAACCAGCGGGGGCGCCGGACAGACGGCCGGAACCUCCUCGACGACUGGGUGCGCGACAAGAAGACGCGGGACCUGAACGCGGAGUACGUGUGGAACAAGGCGCAGUUCGACAAGGUGGACCCGAGGCACACCGACUACCUCCUGGGUAUUUUCGGAUACUCUCACUUGGACUUCGAGGUGGAUCGCAACAAAGGCCCGCUGGGUGAUCCUUCCCUGGUGGAGAUGACGGUCAAGGCCAUCCAGAUCCUACGGAAGAACCCACACGGCUUCUUCCUCAUGGUUGAAGCGGGACGGAUGGACCACGCGCACCACUACAACAUGGCGGCGCGAGCCCUGGAUGAAGUGGUGCGUCUGGAUGAGUGUGUGCAGGCCGCCAUGAAGCACACCAGCCCCUCCGACACGCUGCUGGUGGUGACGGCUGACCACUCUCACACUAUAACCUUUGGUGGUGCCUCAGUUCCCCGGGGAAAUCCAGUCCUUGGUCUGGACACCGAGAUCAGUGACCUGGACGGCAAGCCCUACACGACGCUCCUCUACGGCAACGGCCCCGGAUACGCCCAGACCACGCCCACCGGCCGCCACGACCUGACGGGCUUCAACACGCAGGACAUCAACUUCGUGCAGCAGGCGGCGGUGCCCCGGAAGUACGAGACGCACGGCGGCGAGGACGUGCCGGUGUACGCCAUAGGGCCGGGGUCGCACCUCUUCUCCGGCACGGUGGAGCAGACCUACAUCGCGCACGCCAUCGCCCACGCGGCCUGCAUCGCGGAGGACAACAGUCACUGCGAGAAGCCACCAAGUGAUGACGCUUGUGCUGCCGCCCCGGGCCCCGCCCCCGCCCCCACCUCCCGACGCCCCUUGGGACAACCUCCCCCCACUGUGGAGGACGAGAAGCAGCAAACGCGAGACCACCCGUGGGCGUGGAGCACAGGCACACGGACACGGACCUGGACGGCCUACCACGCGCUCACGUUGCUGAUGCUGCCCGUCGUGCUGGUGCUGCGCUGAGGCGUGCCGGAGCCCACAUACUCAGGAAGGGAUCCUUUGCUCCCCGUGUUCCACAGACUGUUAGGGGACAGAAAGGGGAGUGAGGACCCGAGGCGGGACGUUAUGGCCUCAUUUCUACCGUACCUCCAUGUGACAGCGACAGUGCUUCACACACCAAAUUGAAAAGUAAGAACUAGGUUUUACUCGAGCUUUGUCGGGCCACACAUGAAGGGUGGAUCCUCGUGCACAACGGUGAAUGCGGUGCUGCCGGCCGUCACUCCAGGUGCCCCUCGCGUCUGGCUUCGUGACGGCGGCACGCGCCCUCAUGUGUCCCCGCGCCCUCCCCGUCUAGUGCGCCAGCAAGGACGCGGGUUUUUCGCUGACUGGUUUAUAAAGUGUGAGUUAGUUGACAAUGUAGCCAUCAAUUACAGGUAUAUUUUCCCCAGUAUUAUUUUUCACUGUUGAAUUCUACCUCUCUGCUUUGAAGCGGUGGAUAACAAGGAGAAGCGUUGACAAUCAGUGAAUGGAAUAAAGUAAUGGAGCGAUGAGGGGUGUGAAGAUACGAACACUGAGGGAAGGCGUGAGGCAGCAGUGUGCGAGCGACGAGACACUAGACGAGGCGCGUCGCCCCUCGUCGCUGCCUGCCUGCCGUGCCGGGCCCGGCGCGCGUCCCAGAAGGUAGUGGACGGUGCAUCUACUUAUACUAAUUUUGUUUGCUUAUGAAUCAUAUAAUUGAAAUAUUCAUGUUCUUGGGACUUUAUAAAGCUAGUGAAAAUUAACAACAGAUGCCUUCGUCAAUAGAGUUAACAGAGUAGUCACGUUAGGAUAUCUGUUUGUGUGUCAGUACGAGCACACGCUGCAUCAUUGCUCCGGCGAGCGAGCGUGUGGCGUGUAUACUACAUUGUCAGUGUUCCUUAUAUCGCCGCCAUGCCCAGACUGCACGGCUGUAUGGAGGACGACGUGCAGCAGCCAGCCCCGAGGGUCAGGUGGCGGGGCGACUCCUACGUGCACCUUACUGUAGCACCUCAUGACCCACUCAUGUAUACAUACAUACGCACAUACAUACAUACAUACAUACAUACAUACAUACAUACAUAAUAUAUAUAUAUAUAUAUAUAUAUAUAUAUAUAUAUAUAUAUAUAUAUAUAUAUAUAUAUAUAUAUAUAUAUAUAUCUACACACGUAUAUGUAUAUAUAUGCAUUUCUGUCAUAUCACCUGUUUAAGACUAUUGACAAAGUCCGUGAAAGUUCACGAUCCUGUUAUGAGUUUGCACCAAGGUACAGCAGGACGGGCCGCGGACACGCAGGACCAAGCACACGUGUAUGCUGUUGUGCUGACCUUGAGAUACACCGUCAGACUGCCAUUGUUUCGCAUUCAUGCUUAAUUAAAUAACUUGUAUUUUGAAAUGGGGCUCAAAAUUUAAUCUUGCCUGAUACAUUAUUGAAGGAUGGUGUCGAGAACAUCAAAGUGCUGAGAGCCGAUGCCACGCCUCGUUACUUGGAUUCUUCAGGUCACGUUGCUACUGUCGUAAACGUGUGAGUACAAGGGGAGGAGCCCUCCGGGAGCCAUAGGGAGAGAUACGCCCCCGGUGCCGGCCGUCCCUGAUGAGCCACUCAUAUUUUGUGUUACAUAUUAGUUGGGUGUGUUAGUGAAAUAAGAAUGAGAGAAGUUAUAUAUUUGACAUUGUAACUGUUCAUGACAGUCUGUAUGGCACGAUGAGUGUUCUGUGGUGGAGUAACUUUUGCAAUAUUAUUUUGAUAUUAUCAGCUCGGCAAACAAGUUAAAUCACUACUUUGGUGAACUCAAGUUGCAACAGUUAUGAAAUUUGACCGCAGAUGUGGUUGGAAAUCUUUGUCUACGCACGUUUAAAAACUGCACUCAGGCUGCAUUCCCUCAUCUAAGUUUAUGUUGUCUGUAAUGUAUUGACCCGUGUGUUUACGAAGUAUAUUCAAGAAAAGCAUCACGUGUCCGCCUUGUCUGCCCAGCGAGAGAAGAGGAUCCACCACCUUCCAGAGCAGUGUUUCCAGAGGUCAACCGACUUUCAUUCUAAGUGGUGCCUUUUCCUAUGUUGAUACAUUUGUGGUCAGUUACGACACCUGUCUCGGAGCAUUUGUCUGCAACUGAACUUAGCCACGAGGUAAAGAAAGCAUUGUUCUCUGUCUCUCUGAGUAGUAUUCAACUUGUAAUGUUUUUCAUGCGUGAAAACCGCAUCAUUUUAAGCGUGUACUUUGAAAUCUGGCAUUUAACAAUUAUUUAACAAUGGAAGGGACUUGGCUUUAAAGAAAUAUAAUUAUAUAUCGGCUUCAAGAAAAAUAUAUCAGGGCGCUGUUGACCAACCCAGAUGUUAUAUUUCCGCUUAUUCAUGGCAUAACCUCUUCUAAACAUUUCAUCAGAUGCAUCUCAACAGUUAUCAGUCGCCCAUGAUCAGCGCAUCAGAGAAACCCGUGAGUAGGGAAGCCGUCGUCUGCUUCCCUGCGGGUAACAGUUCGGUAAUCACUUCAAAACGCGGGCUACAGUGCAUCACUAAAUUCACUCUUCAUAUGUAAUUAGUGCAAAUAUGGAUACAGUAUUUUUUUACAUAAUGUAUAUAACUCCAGAGGAUAAAGAUUUUCUGCUUCUUAUCAAAGUAAUUUCCUAUUGAUAAUUUAAUUUUUAUCAAAAAAUUCACAAAAAAGUAAGUACGUAAUAUAUUCAACAGUAUUUUGAACUAGUCCAUUUUAUUAAUAAUGAUUCAUAUUUUUAUUUCAUGUUACGGUAAAGAUUUGUUUUAUAAAAUGCUUACGUCAUUUUCACGUUCACGUUCCUCCCGUAAUAUUGAGUGUCCAAGCGCCGCCGCGGCCCCCUGGCGGCGGGGCGGCGCGGGACUGCCGUGGGCGGGGCCGGCUAUGUCUUGCUCGUCACGUGUUUGGAAGAGGUGAUCUCUUUAUGUAUUUCUUGUACAUAAGGGAAAUGUGAAUUGUACCCAUGACAUUUUUCCCAUAGUUCUAUUUUGUUAACAUUAGUUCUCAAGUUGGCUUCUUAGACACAACGUUAUUUGGUUCCGAAGUACAAACAGGAAUCCUGUGUUACAAAUUUUGUUCGUCCGGCGUCACAACGUGAACUCUUUGGUUAUCCUUGUAACCUUGACAGUUCUCAACACUAUGUAGCAGUCAUUAUUAAAAACCAAUAACAUAA